CUCCACCGAGGUCUCCGACCCCAGCCCGACCCCAGCCCAACCCCAGCCCGCACGCCCAGCCUGCAGCCCUCUUCCGCCAUUCCCAGAUCUCAGCCCCAGCCCUCGGGGCCUCGGCAUCAUGGGGGACGGGGGAGAGGGCGAGGAUGAGGUCCAGUUUCUACGGACGGAUGAUGAGGUGGUUCUGCAGUGCAGCGCGACAGUACUCAAGGAGCAGCUGAAGCUAUGUCUGGCCGCUGAGGGCUUCGGCAACCGCCUCUGCUUCCUGGAGCCCACCAGCAAUGCCCAGAAUGUGCCCCCCGAUCUGGCCAUCUGCUGCUUCGUGCUGGAGCAGUCCCUGUCCGUCCGUGCCCUGCAGGAGAUGCUGGCUAACUCCGUGGAGGCCGGCGUGGAGGCCCUCAAUUUGGAUAAGUGGUCGUCCCAGGGCGGAGGCCACCGGACCCUCCUGUACGGCCACGCCAUCCUGCUCCGGCACGCGCACAGCCGGAUGUACCUCAGCUGUCUCACCACCUCCCGCUCCAUGACCGACAAGCUGGCCUUCGACGUGGGGCUGCAGGAGGACGCAACAGGAGAAGCAUGUUGGUGGACCAUGCACCCAGCCUCUAAGCAAAGGUCAGAAGGAGAAAAGGUCCGAGUCGGGGAUGACCUCAUCCUGGUCAGCGUCUCCUCCGAGCGCUACCUGCACCUGUCCACCGCCAGUGGGGAGCUCCAGGCCGAUGCCUCCUUCAUGCAGACCCUGUGGAAUGUGAAUCCCAUCUGUUCCUGCAGUGAAGAGGGUUUUGUGACAGGGGGUCACGUCCUGCGCCUCUUUCAUGGACAUAUGGAUGAGUGUCUGACCAUCUCCCCCUCUGACAGCGAGGACCAGCGCAGGGUGGUGUACUAUGAAGGGGGAGCUGUGUGUACCCAUGCCCGCUCCCUCUGGAGACUGGAACCACUAAGAAUCAGCUGGAGCGGGAGUCACCUGCGCUGGGGACAGCCACUGCGCCUCCGCCACGUCACCACUGGGCGCUACCUGGCGCUCACUGAGGACCAGGGCCUGGUGAUGGUGGAUGCCAGCAAGGCCCACACCAAGGCUACUUCCUUCUGCUUCCGUACCUCCAAGGAGAAGCUGGAUGUGGCCCCCAAGCGUGAUGUGGAGGGCAUGGGCCCCCCUGAAAUCAAGUAUGGGGAGUCUCUGUGCUUCGUGCAGCAUGUGGCCUCGGGCCUGUGGCUCACCUACGCAGCUCCGGACCCCAAGGCUCUGCGACUUGGAGUGCUCAAGAAGAAGGCCAUGCUGCACCAGGAGGGCCACAUGGACGACGCGCUGUCUCUGACCCGCUGCCAGCAGGAGGAGUCGCAGGCUGCCCGCAUGAUCUACAGUACCGCCGGCCUGUACAAUCAGUUCAUAAAGGGCCUGGACAGCUUCAGCGGGAAGCCGCGAGGUUCAGGGCCGCCGGCUGGCACAGCGCUGCCCAUCGAGGGCGUCAUCCUGAGCCUGCAGGACCUUAUCGGCUACUUCGAGCCUCCCUCCGAGGAGCUGCAGCACGAGGAGAAGCAGAGCAAGCUACGAAGCCUGCGGAACCGCCAGAGCCUCUUCCAGGAGGAGGGGAUGCUCACACUGGUCCUGAAUUGCAUUGACCGUCUAAAUGUCUACACCACCGCUGCCCACUUUGCUGAAUUCGCCGGGGAAGAGGCAGCUGAAUCCUGGAAAGAGAUUGUGAACCUGCUGUAUGAACUCCUGGCCUCUCUGAUCCGUGGCAACCGUACCAACUGCGCCCUCUUCUCCACCAACUUGGAUUGGCUGGUCAGCAAGCUGGACCGGCUGGAGGCCUCGUCUGGGAUCCUGGAGGUGCUGUACUGUGUCCUGAUUGAGAGUCCCGAGGUCCUGAACAUCAUUCAGGAGAACCACAUCAAGUCCAUCAUCUCUCUCUUGGACAAGCACGGCAGGAACCACAAGGUCCUGGAGGUGCUGUGUUCCCUGUGUGUGUGCAACGGAGUGGCCGUGCGCUCCAACCAGGAUCUCAUCACCGAGAAUCUGCUCCCGGGCCGCGAGCUCCUGCUGCAGACCAACCUCAUCAACUAUGUCACCAGCAUCCGCCCCAACAUCUUCGUGGGCCGUGCUGAGGGCUCCACCCAGUAUGGCAAAUGGUACUUCGAGGUGAUGGUGGAUGAGGUGGCCCCAUUUGUGACAGCUCAGGCCACGCACCUGCGGGUGGGCUGGGCCCUCACUGAGGGCUACAGCCCCUACCCCGGGGGUGGCGAGGGCUGGGGCGGCAACGGGGUCGGCGAUGACCUUUACUCGUACGGCUUUGACGGGCUGCACCUCUGGACAGGUCACGUGCCGCGCCUGGUGACCUCCCCGGGGCAGCACCUCUUGGCUGCUGAGGACGUGGUCAGCUGCUGCCUGGACCUCAGCGUGCCAUCCAUCUCCUUCCGCAUCAAUGGCUGCCCGGUGCAGGGGGUCUUCGAGGCCUUCAACCUCGAUGGGCUCUUCUUCCCUGUCGUCAGCUUCUCGGCCGGUGUCAAGGUUCGGUUUCUCCUAGGGGGUCGCCAUGGUGAAUUCAAGUUCCUGCCACCACCUGGCUACGCCCCGUGCCACGAGGCCGUGCUCCCGCGAGAGCGACUCCACCUAGAGCCCAUCAAGGAGUACCGGCGGGAGGGGCCGCGGGGGCCGCACCUGGUGGGCCCCAGCCGCUGCCUCUCACACACCGACUUCGUGCCGUGCCCGGUGGACACUGUGCAGAUUGUCCUGCCUCCCCAUCUGGAGCGUAUUCGGGAGAAACUGGCGGAGAACAUUCAUGAACUCUGGGCGCUGACCCGCAUUGAGCAGGGCUGGACUUAUGGCCCGGUUCGGGACGACAACAAGAGGCUGCACCCGUGCCUGGUGGAUUUCCACAGCCUGCCCGAGCCCGAGAGGAACUACAACCUGCAGAUGUCGGGGGAGACACUCAAGACUCUGCUGGCGCUGGGCUGCCACGUGGGCAUGGCGGACGAGAAGGCAGAGGAGAACCUCAAGAAGACGAAGCUCCCAAAGACGUACAUGAUGAACAACGGGUACAAGCCGGCACCACUGGACCUGAGCCAUGUGCGCCUGACGCCCGCGCAGACCACGCUGGUGGACCGGCUGGCCGAGAACGGGCACAAUGUGUGGGCCCGGGACCGCGUGGGCCAGGGCUGGAGUUACAGCGCCGUGCAGGACAUUGUGGCACGCCGGAACCCGCGCCUUGUGCCCUACCGCCUGCUGGACGAGGCCACCAAGCGCAGUAACCGGGACAGCCUGUGCCAGGCCGUGCGCACGCUGCUGGGCUAUGGCUACAACAUCGAGCCCCCGGACCAGGAGCCCAGCCAGGAGGACAGCCGGUCUCGCUGGGACCGCGUGCGCAUCUUUAGAGCCGAGAAAUCCUACGCGGUGCAGAGCGGCCGCUGGUAUUUCGAGUUCGAGGCUGUCACCACGGGCGGCGAGAUGCGUGUGGGCUGGGCACGGCCCGAGCUGCGGCCCGACGUGGAGCUGGGAGCUGAUGAACUGGCCUAUGUCUUCAAUGGGCACCGGGGCCAGCGCUGGCACCUGGGAAGUGAGCCAUUUGGGCGCCCCUGGCAGUCGGGUGAUGUGGUGGGCUGCAUGAUCGACCUCACCGAGAACAAUAUCAUCUUCACCCUCAAUGGCGAGAUCCUGAUGUCCGACUCGGGCUCUGAAAUGGCCUUCCGGGACAUCGAGAUCGGGGAUGGUUUCCUACCCGUGUGCAGCCUGGGACCCGGCCAGGUGGGGCACCUGAACUUGGGCCAGGACGUCAGCUCCCUGCGCUUCUUUGCCAUCUGUGGCCUCCAGGAAGGCUUCGAGCCGUUCGCCAUCAACAUGCAGCGCCCGGUCACCACGUGGUUCAGCAAAAGCCUCCCUCAGUUUGAGGCAAUGCCCCCAGAUCACCCCCACUAUGAGGUGUCUCGGGUGGACGGCACCGUGGAUACGCCCCCCUGUCUGCGCCUGACCCACCGCACCUGGGGCUCCCAGAACAGCCUGGUGGAGAUGAUCUUCCUCCGACUCAGCCUCCCUGUCCAGUUUCACCAGCACUUCCGCUGCACUGCAGGGGCCACCCCCUUGGCUCCCCCUGGCCUGCAGCCCCCCGCUGAGGAUGAGGCCAGGGCAGCAGAACCCGACUCGGACUAUGAAAACCUGCGCCGCUCCGCUGGACGCUGGGGAGAGGCUGAGGGGGGCAAAGAGGGGAGUGCCAAGGAGGGGGGCCCUGGGGGCGCUGCCCAGCCAGGCACAGAGGCCCAGCCCUCGAGGGCGGAGAAUGAGAAGGACACCGCCACGGAGAAGAGCAAGAAGAGAGGGUUCCUGUUCAAGGCUAAGAAAGUCGCCAUGAUGACCCAGCCACCGACCACCCCUUCUCUGCCGCGACUCCCGCGGGAAGUGGUCCCUGCUGACGACCGUGAUGACCCCGAGAUCAUCCUCAACACCACCACGUACUACUACUCUGUGCGGAUCUUCGCCGGCCAGGAGCCCAGCUGUGUGUGGGUGGGCUGGGUCACCCCCGACUACCACCAGCACGACAUGAACUUCGACCUCACCAAGGUUCGGGCGGUGACGGUGACCAUGGGGGAUGAGCAAGGCAACAUCCACAGCAGCCUCAAGUGUAGCAACUGCUACAUGGUGUGGGGCGGGGACUUCGUGAGCCCUGGGCAGCAGGGCCGGAUCAGCCACACGGACCUGGUCAUUGGUUGCCUGGUGGACUUGGCCACUGGCCUGAUGAACUUCACUGCCAACGGCAAAGAAAGCAACACCUUCUUCCAGGUGGAACCCAACACAAAGCUGUUUCCUGCCAUCUUUGUCUUGCCCACGAACCAGAACGUCGUCCAGUUUGAACUGGGCAAGCAGAAGAACAUCAUGCCUCUAUCUGCUGCCAUGUUCAUGAGUGAGCGCAAGAACCCGGCGCCACAGUGCCCGCCGCGGCUGGAGGUGCAGAUGCUGAUGCCCGUGUCCUGGAGCCGAAUGCCCAACCGCUUCCUGCACGUGGAGACGCGGCGCUCAGGCGACCGGCUGGGCUGGGCGGUGCAGUGCCAGGAGCCGCUGACCAUGAUGGCGCUGCACAUCCCAGAGGAGAACCGGUGCAUGGACAUCCUGGAGCUGUCGGAGCGUCUAGACCUGCAGCGCUUCCACUCGCACACGCUCAGCCUGUACCGCGCUGUGUGCGCCCUGGGAAACAACCGCGUGGCGCACGCGCUGUGCAGCCACGUGGACCAGGCGCAGCUGCUGCACACGCUGGAGGACGCGCACCUGCCGGGUCCGCUGCGUGCCGGCUACUACGACCUGCUCAUCAGCAUCCACCUGGAGAGCUGCUGCCGCAGCCGCCGCUCCAUGCUGUCCGAGUACAUCGUGCCCCUGACGCCCGAGACCCGCGCGCUCACCCUCUUCCCACCGGGAAAAGGCGGGGACGACGAAGACGGGCCCCGCCGCCACGGCCUGCCGGGCGUGGGCACCACCACCUCACUGCGGCCGCCGCACCAUUUCUCGCCGCCCUGCUUCGUGGCCGCGCUGCCCCCAGCCGGAGUGGCCGAAGCGCCCGUGCGCCUCAGCCCCAGCAUCCCCCUGGAAGCCCUGCGCGACAAGGCGCUGCGCAUGCUCGGUGAGGCCGUGCGGGACGGCGGGCAGCACGCGCGCGACCCUGUCGGGGGCUCCGUGGAGUUCCAGUUUGUGCCUGUGCUCAAGCUCGUGUCCACCCUGUUGGUGAUGGGCAUCUUUGGCGAUGAAGAUGUGAAGCAGAUACUGAAGAUGAUCGAGCCUGAAGUGUUCACUGAGGAGGAGGAAGAGGAGGAAGAGGAAGAUGAGGAGGAGAAGGAAGAGGAUGAGGAAGAAGAGGCACAGGAGAAGGAAGAGGAGGAAAAGGAGGAGGAAGUGGAGGAGGAGACGGCAGAAGAGGAGAAAAAAGAGGGCUUGGAGGAGGGGCUCCUGCAGAUGAAGUUGCCGGAGUCUGUCAAGCUACAGAUGUGUCACCUGCUGGAGUACUUCUGUGACCAAGAACUGCAGCACCGCGUGGAGUCCCUGGCGGCCUUCGCUGAGCGCUAUGUGGACAAACUCCAGGGCAACCAGCGGGGCCGCUACGGUCUCCUCAUGAAAGCCUUCACCAUGUCCGCUGCUGAGACCGCCCGCCGCACCCGCGAGUUCCGCUCCCCGCCCCAGGAGCAGAUCAACAUGCUGUUGCACUUCAAGGAUGGAGCAAACGAGGAGGAUUGCCCGCUCCCGGAAGAGGUGCGAGAGGAGCUGGUGAAGUUCCACCAGGACCUGCUGGCUCACUGUGGAAUCCAGCUGGUGGAGGAGGAGGAGGAGCCCGAGGAAGAAGUCACCCUGGGCAGCCGCCUGAUGAGCCUGCUGGAGAAGGUGCGGCUGGUCAAGAAGAAAGAGGAGAAGGUGGAGGAGGAGCCGCCCGCAGAGGAGAGCAAACCCAAGUCGCUGCAGGAGCUGGUGUCCCACACGGUGGUGCGCUGGGCCCAGGAGGACUUUGUGCAGAGCCCCGAGCUGGUGCGGGCCAUGUUCAGUCUCCUGCACCGGCAGUACGACGGCCUCGGCGAGCUGCUGCGUGCCCUGCCCAAGGCCUACACCAUCUCGCCGUCCUCAAUGGAGGACACCAUGAGCCUGCUCGAGUGCCUGGGCCAGAUCCGCUCGCUGCUCAUUGUGCAGAUGGGGCCCCAGGAGGAGAACCUCAUGAUCCAGAGCAUCGGGAACAUCAUGAACAACAAGGUCUUCUACCAACACCCGAACCUGAUGCGGGCGUUGGGCAUGCACGAAACGGUCAUGGAGGUCAUGGUGAAUGUCCUCGGGGGUGGCGAGUCAAAGGAGAUCCGCUUCCCCAAGAUGGUGACGAGCUGCUGCCGCUUCCUCUGUUACUUCUGCCGCAUCAGCCGCCAGAACCAGCGCUCCAUGUUCGACCACCUGAGCUACCUGCUGGAGAACAGCGGCAUCGGCCUGGGCAUGCAGGGCUCCACACCUCUGGACGUGGCAGCCGCAUCGGUCAUCGACAACAAUGAGCUGGCCUUGGCCUUGCAGGAGCAGGACCUGGAGAAGGUGGUGUCCUACCUGGCAGGCUGUGGCCUCCAGAGCUGCCCCAUGCUCCUGGCCAAGGGGUACCCCGAUAUCGGCUGGAACCCCAGUGGCGGGGAACACUAUCUGGAUUUCCUGCGCUUUGCUGUCUUUGUCAACGGUGAGAGCGUGGAGGAAAACGCCAACGUGGUGGUGCGGUUGCUCAUCCGUAAGCCCGAGUGCUUCGGGCCGGCGCUGCGCGGGGAGGGCGGCUCGGGGCUGCUGGCCGCAGUGGAGGAGGCCAUCCGCAUCUCCGAGGACCCGGCGCGCGACGGCCCAGGGGUGCGCAGGGACCGGAGGCGCGAGCACUUCGGUGAAGAUCACCCCGAGGAAAACCGGGUGCACCUGGGACACGCCAUCAUGUCCUUCUACGCUGCCUUGAUCGACCUGCUGGGCCGCUGUGCGCCCGAGAUGCACCUGAUUCAAACUGGCAAGGGCGAGGCCCUGCGGAUUCGUGCCAUCCUGCGCUCCCUCGUGCCCCUGGAUGACCUCGUGGGCAUCAUCAGCCUCCCCCUGCAGAUUCCCACCCUGGGCAAAGAUGGGACCUUGAUCCAGCCCAAGAUGUCAGCCUCCUUUGUGCCGGACCACAAGGCAUCCAUGGUGCUCUUCCUGGACCGCGUGUACGGCAUUGAGAACCAGGACUUCCUGCUGCACGUGCUGGAUGUGGGCUUCCUGCCUGACAUGCGCGCCGCAGCCUCACUGGACACGGCCACCUUCAGCACCACGGAGAUGGCACUGGCGCUUAACCGCUACCUGUGCCUGGCCGUGCUGCCGCUCAUCACCAAGUGCGCACCGCUGUUCGCGGGCACAGAGCACCGCGCCAUCAUGGUGGACUCGAUGCUGCACACCGUGUACCGCCUGUCCCGUGGCCGCUCACUCACCAAGGCACAGCGCGACGUUAUCGAGGACUGCCUCAUGGCGCUCUGCAGGUACAUCCGCCCAUCCAUGCUGCAGCACCUGCUACGGCGCCUGGUGUUCGAUGUGCCCAUCCUGAACGAGUUCGCCAAGAUGCCACUCAAGCUCCUCACCAACCACUACGAACGAUGCUGGAAGUACUACUGCCUCCCCACAGGCUGGGCCAGCUUCGGGGUCACCUCCGAGGAAGAACUGCACCUCACACGGAAACUCUUCUGGGGAAUCUUUGACUCGCUGGCCCAUAAGAAAUACGACGCAGAGCUAUACCGCAUGGCCAUGCCCUGUCUGUGCGCCAUCGCUGGGGCCCUGCCCCCUGACUAUGUUGAUGCCUCAUACUCCUCGAAGGCCGAGAAGAAGGCCACAGUGGACGCAGAGGGCAACUUUGAUCCUCGGCCAGUGGAGACCCUCAACGUGAUCAUUCCCGAGAAGCUCGACUCCUUCAUUAAUAAGUUCUCCGAGUACACGCAUGAGAAGUGGGCCUUCGACAAGAUCCAGAACAACUGGUCCUAUGGGGAAAACAUCGAUGAGGAGCUGAAGACACACCCCAUGCUGAGACCUUACAAGACCUUCUCCGAGAAGGACAAAGAGAUUUACCGCUGGCCCAUCAAGGAGUCCUUGAAGGCUAUGAUCGCCUGGGAGUGGACGAUAGAGAAGGCCCGGGAGGGUGAGGAGGAGAAGAGUGAGAAGAAGAAAACCAGGAAGAUUUCCCAAAGCGCCCAGACCUAUGACCCCCGAGAAGGCUACAACCCUCAACCCCCUGAUCUCAGUGGAGUCACCCUGUCUCGGGAGUUGCAGGCUAUGGCUGAGCAGCUGGCGGAAAAUUACCACAACACGUGGGGGCGCAAGAAGAAGCAGGAGCUGGAGGCCAAGGGUGGUGGGACCCACCCCCUACUGGUCCCCUAUGACACACUCACGGCCAAGGAGAAGGCACGAGACCGAGAGAAGGCCCAGGAGCUGCUCAAGUUUCUGCAGAUGAACGGCUACGCGGUCACCAGAGGCCUGAAGGACAUGGAGCUUGACACAUCUUCCAUUGAGAAGCGGUUUGCUUUCGGCUUCCUGCAGCAGCUGCUGCGUUGGAUGGACAUUUCCCAGGAGUUUAUUGCCCACCUGGAGGCUGUGGUCAGCAGUGGACGGGUGGAAAAGUCCCCCCAUGAACAGGAAAUUAAAUUCUUUGCCAAGAUCCUGCUACCUUUGAUCAAUCAGUACUUCACCAACCAUUGCCUCUACUUCCUGUCUACACCUGCCAAAGUACUGGGCAGUGGUGGCCACGCCUCCAACAAGGAGAAGGAAAUGAUCACCAGCCUCUUUUGCAAACUAGCUGCCCUUGUCCGCCAUCGCGUCUGUCUCUUCGGCACGGAUGCACCAGCUGUGGUCAACUGUCUCCACAUCCUGGCCCGCUCCCUGGAUGCCAGGACCGUGAUGAAGUCGGGCCCUGAGAUUGUCAAGGCCGGCCUGCGCUCCUUCUUUGAGAGUGCCUCGGAGGAUAUUGAGAAGAUGGUAGAGAACCUGCGUCUGGGCAAGGUGUCGCAGGCGCGCACGCAGGUGAAGGGCGUGGGCCAGAACAUCACCUACACCACCGUCGCCCUGCUGCCCGUCCUCACCACCCUCUUCCAGCACAUCGCCCAGCACCAGUUUGGAGACGACGUCAUCCUGGAUGACGUCCAGGUCUCUUGCUACCGAACGCUGUGCAGCAUCUACUCUCUGGGGACCACCAGGAACCCCUACGUGGAGAAGCUUCGGCCAGCUCUGGGCGAGUGUCUGGCCUGCCUGGCAGCGGCUAUGCCGGUGGCUUUCCUGGAGCCUCAGCUGAAUGAGUACAACGCCUGCUCCGUCUACACCACCAAGUCUCCCCGGGAGCGAGCCAUCCUGGGGCUCCCCAGCAGCGUGGAGGAGAUGUGCCCCGACAUCCCGGUGCUGGAGCGGCUCAUGGCAGAAAUCGGGGGACUGGCUGAGUCUGGCGCCCGCUACACGGAGAUGCCACACGUCAUCGAGAUCACACUGCCCAUGCUGUGCAGCUACCUACCCCGCUGGUGGGAGCGGGGCCCUGAGGCACCCCCGCCCAGCAUCCCCGGUGGUGCUCCACCACCCUGCACGGCCGUCACCUCUGGCCACCUCAACUCCCUGCUGGGGGACAUCCUUCGCAUCAUUGUCAACAACUUGGGCAUCGAUGAGGCCUCGUGGAUGAAGCGACUGGCAGUGUUUGCACAGCCCAUCGUGAGCCGGGCACGGCCCGAGCUGCUGCACACGCACUUCAUCCCCACCAUCGGGCGCCUGCGCAAGCGGGCGGGGAAGGUGGUGGCCGAGGAGGAGCAGCUGCGGCUGGAGGCCAAGGCGGAGGCCGAGGAGGGCGAGCUCCUGGUGCGCGACGAGUUCUCCGUGCUCUGCCGGGACCUGUACGCCCUCUACCCGCUGCUCAUCCGCUACGUGGACAACAACAGGGCACACUGGCUGACAGAGCCCAACCCCAAUGCUGAGGAGCUGUUCAGGACGGUGGGAGAGAUCUUCAUCUACUGGUCCAAGUCCCAUAACUUCAAGCGCGAGGAGCAGAACUUUGUGGUGCAGAACGAGAUCAACAAUAUGUCAUUCCUGACAGCUGACAACAAGAGCAAGAUGGCCAAGGCGGGAGACGUACAGUCGGGUGGCUCGGACCAGGAACGCACCAAGAAGAAGCGCCGUGGCGACCGCUACUCCGUGCAGACGUCACUGAUCGUGGCCACGCUCAAGAAGAUGCUGCCCAUUGGCCUCAACAUGUGUGCGCCCACCGACCAGGAGCUUAUCACCAUGGCCAAGACCCGCUACGCCCUGAAAGACACGGAUGAGGAGGUCCGGGAGUUCCUGCACAACAACCUCCACUGUCAGGCAAAGGUCGAGGGCUCGCCGUCUCUGCGCUGGCAGAUGGCACUAUACCGGGGUGUCCCGGGCCGGGAGGAAGACGCUGACGAUCCUGAGAAGAUCGUGCGCAGAGUCCAGGAAGUGUCUGCGGUGCUUUAUCAUCUGGAGCAGACUGAGCACCCUUACAAGUCCAAGAAGGCCGUGUGGCAUAAGCUCCUGUCCAAGCAGCGUCGGAGGGCCGUGGUUGCGUGUUUCCGCAUGACACCCCUGUACAACCUGCCCACGCACCGGGCAUGCAACAUGUUUCUGGAGAGCUACAAGGCUUCGUGGAUUCUGACCGAAGACCACGGCUUUGAGGACCGCAUGAUAGAUGAUCUCUCUAAAGCCGGGGAGAAGGAGGAGGAGGAGGAGGAGGUAGAGGAGAAGAAGAAGCCAGACCCCCUGCACCAGCUGGUUCUGCACUUCAGCCGCACCGCCCUGACGGAAAAGAGCAAACUGGAAGAGGAUUACUUGUACAUGGCUUAUGCCGAUAUCAUGGCGAAGAGCUGCCACAUGGAGGAAGGAGGGGAAAGUGUGGAGGCUGAAGAGGAGGAGUCUGAGGUUUCCUUCGAGGAGAAGGAGAUGGAGAAGCAGAGGCUCCUGUACCAGCAGGCACGGCUGCACAACCGCGGGGCAGCCGAGAUGGUGCUCCAGAUGAUCAGUGCCUGCAAAGGAGAGACAGGCGCCAUGGUGUCCUCCACCCUGAAGCUGGGGAUCUCCAUCCUAAAUGGGGGCAAUGCGGAGGUGCAGCAGAAAAUGUUGGAUUAUCUGAAGGACAAGAAGGAGGUGGGCUUCUUCCAGAGCAUCCAGGCGCUGAUGCAGACAUGCAGCGUCCUGGAUCUCAAUGCCUUCGAGAGACAGAACAAGGCAGAGGGGCUGGGCAUGGUGAACGAGGAUGGAACUGUCAUCAACCGCCAGAACGGAGAGAAGGUGAUGGCAGAUGAUGAAUUCACCCAAGACUUGUUCCGAUUCCUGCAGUUGCUCUGUGAGGGGCACAAUAAUGAUUUCCAAAACUACCUGAGGACACAGACCGGGAACACGACCACUAUUAACAUUAUUAUCUGCACGGUGGAUUACCUCCUGCGGCUGCAGGAAUCCAUCAGCGAUUUCUACUGGUAUUACUCUGGCAAGGAGGUCAUCGAGGAACAAGGCAAGAGGAACUUUUCCAAGGCCAUGUCGGUGGCCAAGCAGGUGUUCAACAGCCUCACGGAGUAUAUCCAGGGCCCCUGCACCGGGAACCAGCAGAGCCUGGCACACAGUCGCCUCUGGGACGCCGUGGUGGGAUUCCUGCACGUGUUUGCCCACAUGAUGAUGAAGCUUGCUCAGAUGAGACCCAUCUCAGUCAUCCAUGAUGAACAUGUGUGGACUCAGUUCCCCUCGGAGGACUCCAGCCAGAUCGAGCUGUUGAAGGAGCUGCUGGAUCUCCAGAAGGACAUGGUGGUGAUGUUGCUGUCACUUCUAGAAGGGAACGUGGUGAAUGGCAUGAUCGCCCGGCAGAUGGUGGACAUGCUUGUGGAGUCCUCGUCCAACGUGGAGAUGAUCCUCAAGUUCUUCGACAUGUUCCUGAAACUCAAGGACAUUGUGGGGUCUGAGGCAUUUCAGGACUACGUCACUGAUCCCCGGGGCCUCAUCUCCAAGAAGGAUUUCCAGAAGGCCAUGGACAGCCAGAAGCAGUUCAGUGGUCCCGAGAUCCAGUUCCUGCUCUCGUGCUCUGAAGCUGACGAGAAUGAGAUGAUCAACUGUGAGGAGUUCGCCAACCGCUUCCAGGAGCCAGCCCGUGACAUCGGCUUCAACGUGGCGGUGCUGCUGACCAACCUGUCAGAGCACGUGCCACAUGACCCGCGCCUGCGCACCUUCCUGGAGCUGGCCGAGAGCAUCCUCGAGUACUUCCGGCCCUACUUGGGCCGCAUCGAGAUCAUGGGCGCCUCGCGCCGCAUCGAACGCAUCUACUUCGAGAUCUCAGAGACCAACCGGGCUCAGUGGGAGAUGCCCCAGGUGAAGGAGUCCAAGCGCCAGUUCAUCUUCGACGUGGUGAACGAGGGCGGCGAGUCGGAGAAGAUGGAGAUGUUCGUGAGCUUCUGCGAGGACACCAUCUUCGAGAUGCAGAUCGCCGCGCAGAUCUCGGAGCCCGAGGGCGAGCCGGAGGAGGACGACGACGAGGGCGCGGAGGCGGGCGCCGAAGGCGCGGACGAGGGCGCGGCGGGGCCCGAGGGCGCGGCGGGGCCGGCGGGGGUGUCCGCGCGGCUGGCGGCGGCGGCGGGCCGGGCGCUGCGCGGGCUCAGCUACCGCAGCCUGCGGCGGCGCGUGCGGCGCCUGCGGCGGCUCACGGCGCGGGAGGCGGCGGCCGCGCUGGUCGCGCUGCUCUGGGCCGCGGUGACUCGCUCGGGGGCCGCGGGCGCCGGGGCGGCGGCGGGCGCGCUGCGCCUGCUCUGGGGCUCGCUCUUCGGGGGCGGCCUGGUGGAGGGUGCCAAGAAAGUGACGGUCACCGAACUGCUGGCCGGCAUGCCCGACCCCACGGGCGACGAGGUGCACGGCGAGCAGCUGCCCGGACAGGGCACCGACGCGGACGGCGAGGACGCGGGCGAGGGCGCGGACGACGCGGCGCAGGGCGCGGGCGACGAGGAUGCGGCGGCGCACGAGGCGGGGCCUGGGGGAGCCCCGGGGCCCGUGGCCACUACCGACGGGGCCCCCUUCCGGCCCGAAGGUGCCGGCGGCCUCGGGGACAUGGGGGACACUGCGUCGGUGGAGCCGCCCACGCCCGAGGGCUCCCCGAUCUUCAAGAGGAAGCUGGGGGUGGAUGUAGAAGAAGAGGAGCUGCCCCCAGAGCCUGAGCCAGAGCCGGAGCCUGAGCCUGAACCCGAGAAAGCAGAUGCUGAGAACGGGGAGAAGGAAGAAAUCCCGGAGCCCCCACCAGAGCCCCCGAAGAAAGCGGAACCUCCGCCCCCUCCUCCGAAGAAAGAGGGGGUCAAAGGUGCAGGCCUGGAACUCUGGGAGGAGCUGGAAGUCCAGAGGGUGAAGUUCCUGAACUACCUCUCCCGGAACUUCUACACCUUGCGCUUCCUCGCCCUCUUCUUGGCUUUUGCCAUCAACUUCAUCUUGCUGUUUUAUAAGGUCUCAGACUCUCCACCAGGGGAAGAGGACAUGGAGGGCUCUGCUGCAGGGGACCUGUCUGGCGCAGGGUCUGGUGGUGGCUCAGGCUGGGGAUCAGGGGCCGGUGAGGAAGCGGAGGGCGACGAGGAUGAGAACAUGGUAUACUACUUCCUGGAAGAGAGCACUGGCUACAUGGAGCCGGCCUUGCGGUGCCUGAGCCUACUGCACACACUCGUGGCCUUUCUCUGCAUCAUCGGUUACAACUGCCUCAAGGUGCCCCUGGUGAUCUUUAAGCGGGAGAAGGAGCUGGCCCGGAAGCUGGAGUUUGAUGGCCUCUACAUUACGGAGCAGCCCGAGGACGACGAUGUGAAGGGACAGUGGGACCGGCUGGUGCUCAAUACGCCAUCUUUCCCCAGCAACUACUGGGACAAGUUUGUCAAGCGAAAGGUCCUGGACAAGCAUGGGGACAUCUAUGGGCGGGAGCGGAUCGCAGAGCUGCUGGGCAUGGACCUGGCCUCGCUGGAGAUCACUGCCCAACAUGAGCGCAAGCCGGAGCCCCCGCCGGGGCUGCUGACCUGGAUCAUGUCUAUUGACGUCAAGUACCAGAUCUGGAAGUUUGGGGUCAUCUUCACGGACAAUUCUUUCCUGUACCUGGGCUGGUACAUGGUCAUGUCGCUCCUGGGCCACUACAACAACUUCUUCUUUGCCGCCCACCUCCUGGACAUCGCCAUGGGAGUCAAGACACUGCGCACCAUCCUGUCCUCCGUCACCCACAACGGGAAACAGCUGGUGAUGACCGUGGGGCUCCUGGCGGUGGUGGUGUAUCUGUACACUGUGGUGGCCUUCAACUUCUUCCGCAAGUUCUACAACAAGAGCGAGGAUGAGGACGAGCCGGACAUGAAGUGUGAUGACAUGAUGACGUGCUACUUGUUUCACAUGUAUGUGGGUGUCCGAGCUGGUGGGGGCAUUGGAGAUGAGAUCGAGGACCCAGCGGGUGAUGAAUACGAGCUGUACCGGGUGGUCUUUGACAUCACCUUCUUCUUCUUUGUCAUCGUCAUCCUGCUGGCCAUCAUCCAGGGUCUGAUCAUUGAUGCUUUUGGCGAGCUCCGAGACCAACAAGAACAAGUGAAGGAAGACAUGGAGACCAAGUGCUUCAUCUGUGGCAUCGGCAGUGACUACUUCGAUACUACACCUCACGGGUUUGAGACGCACACUCUGGAGGAGCACAACCUGGCCAAUUAUAUGUUUUUCCUGAUGUAUCUAAUUAACAAGGAUGAGACAGAACACACAGGCCAGGAAUCUUAUGUCUGGAAGAUGUACCAAGAGAGAUGUUGGGAUUUCUUCCCAGCUGGAGAUUGCUUCCGCAAGCAAUAUGAGGACCAGCUUAACUGAGACCCACAUCCCACAAACUGGCCCGCCACCCUACCUCAAGUGCCUUAUUCUCCCAGCAAGCCCCAAACACCUCCCCCUCUGGGGAAGAGGUGACAUUGUACUGGAGAAAUAAAGUCUGUGCUAUGCUCCUG